CUUUGGCGCCUUGCUGCCCAACGCAGUCCGUGAAAUCCAAGAAGUGUGAGAGAACGUUUAUCAGCAGGCAGGAAUAUGAUGAUGAAUAUAGCACCAAAUAUGUCCCUGGUCAUACUGUAUGUGUUACUGUUGACGGCUGCCUGUCUGCCUGCUACUUGGUCUCUACCAGAACCUCCAGACCUCACACAUCUGAUGGCUACGCUGUAUGAUAGACCCUUCGGAUCUUUAGCAGACCUAAAUGCAUAUACAGAUAACAUUCUGGAUGUCGCAAACCUUCAGAUUAGCAAAGCAUUUUCCGUAGAAACUAGGAGAUAUAAACGAGACCUUGACGUCACUUCCAUGAAGGUAAACAGAACAGAGACAAUGACGCUCAGUAUGUCUAGUAACCCUUCUCUCCUUCAAGAGGUCUCAGCAUUGCAGGUUGUGGUUGCGCAAGACAAAGACUACUGGGUGUUAGGUUAUCACAGCCAUCAUAACCUCACGGUGCUCGAGGUAUCCAGAAAUGAAAGCACACUUCGCAAACUAUUAGACUCUGAAUUAAAUAUUUUCGGUGGAGUGGACAAAAUUGCUAGCCACAUCAUAGGCGGACAGCUCUGGAUCGCGGUGGCUCCCCCUUCAACCAACUAUGUGGGAAUCGUGAGGGUGGACCUCGCAUCGCCGACGGCGGCCGAGUCCAGUCAAAUUAUCAAUGGAGAAGGCUUGGUGGGCGGGCUGUUCAUGUUCGAGGCGGCGGGCGAGUUGUAUUUGGUCGUCGGCGCCAAGGACCCAGCUGGCGAUGGUUCACUUCAUGCCAGAUCUCGAUUAUAUCGACUGAAUGGCAAUUACUUUGAUCGCCAAGAUGAACUACUCUUCAAAACCAAGGAUGUGUAUGAUGUUUCAGGCUUCAGUGAAUGGGGCAAUUAUUAUCUCGUGUUUGCCAUGUCAUAUUCUGAAGGUUCACAAGUGUAUAAGUUCGACCCUGUGGCACAAACUGUGACCCUCCUGCAACAACUUCCGGACACCAAUGUCUACAAAGUUUUGCACUACAUUGAAGCACAAGAAAACAAGCAUUAUAUUGUGACACUUAAUAACGAAGGAUCUCCCAAAAUUUACUGGUGGACAAGUGAACAGCUGCUUCUUUGGCAAGCAUUAGACUCCAUUCCCUUGAUGCAUGAAAGCAGCAGUGUGCAGACUUUCUUAUUCACUUCCCUCGAAACUAUACUAAUGGUUUCUAAUGGCGGUAGAAUUACUAUUUACACGGACGAUACAUCUGGGCAUUACCGCUCCGACUUCGUCAUAGAAACCACCUGUAGCCUUAUUGACAAUAUGUUCAUGGUCCCAAUGGAAGAAAAACACGUGUUAAUUUACACGUGUAAGGACGAUCAAGGCCAUAGCAAUCUGGAGGCACAGGAUGUUGUAAUAAAGGAAAUCGAAUUGGAGCCUCCCAUGAAUGUGCCAGGCGGACUUCUCCUUUGCCUAAAAGACUUGCGGAGUGAGCUUGAUGAAAGGCAACGUGGUGUAUCAUACCUCGAGAAUGUUAUAGCGACUGAUGGCCUGAUGACCACAGAUAUGAAGCAGACUUGGACCGGUCCAGUGACGUUUUCUGGUGGGCUGUCUGUUAGAGGCAAGACUUCUUUUCAGUCAGUUACCAUACUGGGAGCUAACGCUGUCGACCCAAAUGCAGACACUUUCCACAGUUUCUCGAACAAAACUUCUGAACUUGAGGAUCUUGUGGAGACCCUCGCCUCCAACACAUCGGACAUACUUUACCAUUCUGGGAACCAAGACGUCAUUGGUCCUGUUGAUGCCACGUCGUUUUCCUGCGAUAAGUUCGAGUCAAACGGUACCAAGAUCGACAGGUUAAAUGAUGUGCCACUCCUGAACAUCCACCGGGUAUUCAUGAUGGACGGAAUCGACCAGAAUGUCAGUUCAGUCCUUUCACUCCGCUCAAUCAACACGGGACGCUUUGUCACGCGCGCGGGGUUGCCAGCAGCCUCCAUCAACGGCGUCUACUCGGACCAGUUUAUGCUGAAGAAUGCCGCCUCCCAGGAAGUGACCGGGCACCAUGCGUACGGCCACAUCCAUGCGUCAGCUCUCAUUUCCGACAGUGGCGUGUCCAUGCUCAUUAAUGGAAUAGAUAUGGAACACAUGGUUGUAAAGGACGCUAACGCCACCUUCACCUCUGUUAAGACCUUCCAGAAUUUAACUGUGGCUGAAACGUUGGAUGCUGGUUUGGUCAAUGGUGUUGAUUUAGCCGACCUGUCGAAUCGCACCGUGUACACAACAGUGCAAACAACUCAGAUCCUGAAAGGAGACUAUACUCUAGGUACCGUCAAGGUCGAGGGCAACGCAGACGUAAAACUUAUAAAUAAUGUUGACUUGAAGCUGCUGAAUGAAUCUGUUGUUAAGACCUCGGGUGACUUUACUUUAUUAGGUAAGCUCGCCUACCGGGGUGGUCUUAGCGUGGAAGGAAAUGUUACCAAUCACAGAGUGAAUGAAAUACCAUGGAAUGACAUGAUAAAAAUGUCCUCCAGUGACGUCAUAUCUGGCAACUAUCACUUUGAUGAUGCUACUAUAGCUACGGCCAUGAAUAGUGGAAAUAUAAACGGUCUCAACUUCAGCCAAGAUGCAGUUCUUACUACAGGCGACCACAUUAUAGACGGUCGCAUAACAUUUAAUGACAGCGUGCGAGUGACGAGUGGCGAAGGCGUCCUCAUGGCGGAAGGAGCCACAAUCAACCUGGUCGACCCCUCCUCCCUUAAAGUGAUGGAAUACAUGGACAGCUUUGUGAUUGAUGAUGCUGUCAACCUGACUGUUCCUCUCCAGGUAACAGGAAAUGUGACAGCACGCAGUAUAAAUAACCUUACAAUGGAUGACAUUGACAGCCGAUAUUGGAGGAAGAGUACGGAUCAAGUGAUCACGGUGACACCUUCCUUGAAAAACGCCACUUUCCGAGACACCGUGAAUGGAACAAGGCUGAACCAGCAGCAAAUGUCGAACUACCUGAAUACACACGGUCCGCAGACCAUUACUGGAUCCUAUGUUUUCCAGGCUCCAGUAUCAGUAAAGGGCGAUUUGGAAAUGGUUGAUAACAAAACUAUUGAUGAUGUGGAUGUAUCGGUUUUGGAAAGGGAGGUUGUUGACUUGACAAGCGAUCAGUUUAUAGAAGGGGAAGUGAGAAUUGAUGGAAAAUUGACAGUUGAUGGCGACUUGUCCAUCAGUGGGAAACUGAAUGGUUGGAAUGUAACCUCAGACCUGCUGAUGUUAGAUUAUACUGUGCCUCACAUGGACGCACUCAUCUUCACGGAGAAAAUAGCAGCAGCAUCCGUGAGUCUGUCCAACACUAACCUGCUGCUGGAGAGUCUGAAUGGGUUAGAUUUGGUGGAAGCCGCGACCGACAUCGUGCUGGCAAACGAGAGCGCCACCAUUUCUGGCCCGCUUGACUUUGUAGGAACAGUCACAGUGGGCCAACUCCACGUCACUGGCACGGUCGAUGGAGUUGAUGUUGACGACCUUGCAACCCGCAGUCUGAAGAAAGAGGCAUUGCAGCCACAGUUGGUGGAGGGAAACAUCACCGUAAAUGGGGCAGUUCACUUGAACUAUGCACCAAAUCUGCAUGAAGUGAACAACAAGAGCUGGUCAGAUCACUUAAGCAAGGUAAUACCACUGAACUAUGAUGGAACAAUCAAUGGAACGAAAAGAAUAGAUCAGCCUGUGUUUGUCUUUGGGGAUUUCAACCCUACCACUGUCAACGGAAUUAAUUUGCCCGAACUUGCAUCCAGAAUCUUGACCAAAAGUGGUAACCAGAGUAUCACCGGCAACUACACAUUCAGCUCCAAUAUUACAGCUACAAACAUUGAUGCCCCGGUUAUUGAUGGAGUGCAUACCAGUGACCUUUUGUUGUUGGAUCAGGACGGAUUUUUGGAAGAAACGGUUGUUUUUGAAGAGUGUGUCGUCAUGAGCAGUGUCAUGUCCGGCACUGGCUUACUUGAUGGUUGCGAUAUUCUAGAACUCGAGCAGUCUGCAUCCUGGAAUAAAAGUGUUGGGGAAGUUGACAUAUUUUCGCCCGUCAAUCUGUAUGAACUUGUAAUAAGGGAGAAUGCUACAUCGGAUAGUGUCCUGGCAGGAGCUUCUGAGAUGAAUGUCGAGCUCUUCCUUGAGACUUUGGUCCGGAAGUCCUCUGAGCAAGAAAUAACAGGAAAUACAACUUUUUCUGGUGAUGUGCAAAUAAAUGAUCUUUGGGCAGAAACUAUAGAUGGAGUUUAUUUGGACGAACUUUAUGAAAUAGCUGUACAGGAUAAUCAGAAUACGGUCAUUAGCUGCGAUCUCGAUUUUACCAAUAAAGUUUUGGUGGGGAAUCUGACAAUUAGCAGUUCUAUCUCUCGUCUUGAUUCUGAUGGAGUGCUGGUCAAUUCCCUGAAUAUAUCUGCUCUUGGCAGUCGAGCAGUGUUAACGACGAGUGAUUCCUUUUUCAUCGACGGCCCUAAGAUCUUCGUUGAUGGGUUUGCUGCUGGAAACCUAGACAUUUCUGAAUCACUUGGUGACGUCUUGGCAAGCGAUCUAAUUGUGCUCUCCAAGGAUGGGGAAGUGCCCAGUGGCAUUACCUUCACUGCCCCCCUUAGUGUCAUUGGAAAUCUGAGGGUGGGCGGACACUUAGACGGAAUUGACCUAAAGCAGUUGCUGGAAGAUCGUGUCUCACUGGAUGGCAACGAAACGUUGACUUCACAUUGCAUAUUCGAAGAAAUUGAAGUGAAAGGUGACCUCGAAGUAGAAGAGAUCAACACCAUUACACUCUCUGAUAUUGUGGUGAAAUCGGGUAAAUCUCAACAACAAAUCACCGGUGUGAAGGAGUUAAGUGGUGGCCUGCUUGUAAAUGGAAACAUUGAUUUGAUGCAGAUGAAUGGAGUGGACAUGAUGGAACUAAACAGAACGGUUGUUUGGAAGGACAGACCUGCUACAUUUGGACAAAGUUUGGUUAUCGAGAACUUGGUAGAAUCGGAAGCUUCUGUUACUGUACAAGGAACGGUCAACGGCCUGGGGCUUCAUGACCUUGAUUACGAGGUCUCGAACAUCAUGUCCUACAUCAAGGCCCAAAGUGAAAAGAUGACCGACCUGAGCACCAGAUUCACAAACGUCCAAAAUGACAAUGAUCAUCUAACAUGUGGUUUGUACGAGAAAAUGUCUUACGGAGAGAGCAUAGGGAAGCAGCUCGUUGAAUUUGCAGGGAAGUUAACUCAUGGAAAGUGGGGAGAGAACUAUAUUGUAGCAGUAAGAGACUGUGGCCUGGUCUGCACAUGCAAUGCAAGAUCUGCGAUGUACCAGGUUACAGAUGACGGGAGCCUGCAGCAUAAUGCUACCAUUAGUGAUCACUCUGUAUUCGUCUUCAAGAGCAGUAAUCACAAAGGGACAAGGCUUGAGCAUGAAUGUUUUGGCCAAAUAGGGUUCAGCACUUUCAAAAUAAAGAACAAUGAUACACAAGUUGUCAUGGAUGACACAUUGGGCUUGGUCGCUGACGUUGCGUCCUUUACAUCAGAGGAUAAUGGAGUAAUUCAGACGUAUUUCGUCACUGUCGGUCGCAUGGCUGAUGUGACAGAUUCGACGGAGACAACGCUUGUCACUGCACUACGGCUAGAGGAAAAUCAGUUAGUCAAGGUUUGGUCAGCACACACACACAGCAGUGCCUCGAAAGUAGACAUGGCAAAGGUCCAUGAUCGAUGGUAUAUGUUGGUAGCGAAUACUGCGACAGGGAAUCGCACUAGUGAUCCUUAUACUGCGAAGUCGCUUGUAUAUGGCUGGUUCCCGUCUGAGGAAAAGUUUUUAGUGCAAGGAGAGUACAUGGGAGAUCAUGUGACGUCAGCAUUAUUCCUGAGUUCGAGUUACCCAGUACAGGAACACUUCUUCGCUUUAGCUCAGUUAAAGGCUGCUGACUUUUCUUCCUUUGAAGAUAAUGUGAAAUAUACAACGAAAGUUUUGGUAUUCAGAUUCGACGAACAUACGUCCAAGUUCAAGCCAUACGAAUCUCUAGCUUCAUACGGGGUCGUUGCGCAGGAAGAGAUGCGAAUCGGAGAUGACCUGUACUUGUUGCUUCUCUCGGAGCAAACACGCACUCUGGACGUUUAUGAAUACAUAUUCUCUGAAGGUUUCCGACUUUACCAACAGAUUUCGGUGUGCAAUAGUCCUGUUGACCUGCAGAAAUUGGAAGCCAAAAACAGACCUCUGGUUUGGGUCUCUUGUAAGAAUCCAGACACAAUUUUGACUUUCAGAUUCAAUGUUAAAGGAUUUUUCUAUGAAUGAUAAAUUGUUGACAUUUAUGUUAAGUUUUAAACAUUUUAUUUUGAUAAAUAUUAAAUCUA